AUGGAUGAUAUAAAUUUUAUUACUAAGCACGAUCCAUCGCCUGGUAAUACGCACCUGUCCCUUAUAACAUGGAUCUUUAACGGGAUCUCUUUUAAAGGUCGAAAGGUUAGCAUUGGGUGUAAUGUUUGCUAACUAGUGAUGAAUUUUUACAAGAGGCGAGGUUGAUUUACGCAUCCCAUCCAGUCACAUAAGUUCUGGGGUACGAUUGUCGAGGGAUUGUUGAGAGGCCAUGCUUCGAGUAUUCCCAUCCCGACGAGAGGCCAUUCGCUCAAUCGGUCCAUGGGAAGGGAGUGGAGUUGGAUAAGGCCGCUGUGCUGUCCUAUUGCAGGUUGAAGACCUCCGAUGGGAAUUAUGUCACCUGCGAGUGCGUCUUCACAGUAGUGCACUCGGUUAUUGUAGCGUCGACUAGUUUGUACUGGCCGACUUUGAGAAGCCAGGGUUUGUCCCCACCGAUUGCCACACCAUGAUCUUGGUCGUAUCAUUAUGCAUUGGGACGGUGAUAUUUAGUGAUUGGUUUUAACUCCUUUUUUUUCUUGUAUGAUAGGUCGUGUUCUCGCUGUGCCUGCGAUUCGAAGGGCCUUCUCUUCUUCACCUGCGGAUCCCAGAUUCCACAUGCUGACGCAUCUCUCUGAGAAAUUUAAGGCACCACCACCCGGGGCACAUGAACUACGUGCUGCAUUGAUUCUGAAUCGAUUCACAAAAACCUCAUCCAUCUUAUAUGCAUCCUCAGCGCUGAAUGACGUGUUAGGGGUCGAACUCGAUAACUCGGUUGGCAUUAGCUUCUACGAGUGCACACAACGAGAGUGCCUAGAGGAUGCAAUACAAGUAUUGAACAAGCUAAAGAGAACGACUCGAUUGCGUACCUGGGAUUCAUUUGGCCUAAUCUUGGAGAGAAUCCUGACGAGAAUGAUGGCACAGGUGGUGGGAAAAAUUCAAGGAGACUGAAGGCGUCACGUAGUGGAACACUGACUGUGGGCGGCGGUGGCGGGGAUAGCGAGGAGGAGGAAGAGGAGGAAGAAGAGGAAGAGGAAGAGGAGGAGGAAGCUAUAAAACUAACCCUAACAAGAUUCCGGCAUUGA